AUGACGGUUACUCAGCUUGCAGCGGCUGGUAUGUCUGGGGGAAGUGGGCCCGGGGUGGGUGGCAUCGGGGGAGGGAAUAAUCAUGUGGAUGUGUCGGCAAGGAAGAUUUAUGUGGCGAAUGUGCCAUAUGAUAUGCUUGCUGAUAGAUUAUUGCAGCACUUUUCCAUGUAUGGAGAGAUAGAGGAGGGGCCUUUGGGGUUUGAUAAGGCUACGGGGAAGUCCAAGGGGUUUGCUUUGUUUGUGUAUAAGACAGCCGAGGCUGCGAGAGCUUCACUUGUGGAUCCCAUGAAGAAUAUUGACGGGCAUCAGCUAAAUUGUAAGCUGGCAAUAGAUGGGAAAAGAGGGAAACCUCCUGGGAUUGGGGCUUCCGGGCCUGUCGGUGCUCAGCAGGUGGGCAGUGCAGAUGGGAUUGGGGCAACAAUGCCGGGUGGGCAGUAUGGUGGGAUUGGUGGGCAGUAUACUGGGUUUUCUGGGCCUUUAGGUGCUGGUGGUGGUGUAGGUGGUCAGGCGAUCCCAGCAGUUGGAAGCCAAGCUGCUGGGAUGAAUUUGGUUGGUGGUGGUGGGUUUGGGUCUGGAUUGGGUGGGCCUUAUGCUGGUGGCACCAAUUCUGUUGGGCCUGGUGCAACUGGGUAUAAUGGACUGGGCAUUGCUGGUAGUGGUUUAGGUGGUGCUGGUGCUGGUGAUGGAUAUGGUGGGGUUAGAGCUGGAUUGGGGGGUUCUGGUGGUGGACCAGGUGGAGUUGGAGGUGGACUGGGUGGUGGACAAGGUGGAGUCGGAAGUGGACUGGGUGGUGGACAAGGUGGAGUCGGAGGUGUACUGGGUGGUAUUGGCAGUGGAUUGGGUGGUGCUGGUCGUGGGUCAUCCUUGUAUGCCAGCAUAAUCAGCCAGCAGGAACAUCACCAGCACCUAGGGUUCCGCCCGGAGGAAUGUACCAGGGGAUGCACCCUUACUACUAAGGUUUAUAAAAGCUUGUUGACGCAGUUGCCUUAA